AUGGGGAACCUUCUCGGAUGUUUGACAAAGGAGUAUGGGCAAGCUUGGUAUCAGAUCAUUCAUCAAGAUGAAUUUUCUUACAAUGAUAGUGUGAAUCGAUCAACCGAUAAGAGUCCUUUUGAAGUAGUUUAUGGCCUUCAUCCCAGAGGUGUUUUGGAGCUUAGAGAAAUUGAGGAGAUGGGACAACCAAGUGGGCAUGUUGUUGACAUGGCUCACUCCAUGAAGGAGAUUCAUGAGCAAAAACGUGAAACAAAAAAAAAGGACAGUGUAAGAUGCAGAUUUAUUUCGGAGAGCUUGCAGUACCCCAAAGGCCUGAGAUGUUAUACAGAAGUCUUAGAGAAUUCUGUAUUUGUUAUGGAAGGAGAUUAUAUUGCUUUCAGCAUUUUUUUUCUAAGUUUACUUCUUCUUACAUUUUAUGUCCCUCGGGCGGAAGGACAAACCGAACGGCUAGUUUCAGCGUAUUACGUGUUUGGAGACUCAGGAAUAGAUACCGGUAACAAUAAUGUUCUUCCUACUCUUGUCAGAGCUGACUUCCCUCCCUACGGAAGAGAUUUCCCAAACGGUCAACCUACUGGCAGAUUUACAAAUGGAAGAUUAGUUACAGACCAACUAUCUGAACUGUUGGGACUUCCAGAUUUGCUGCCUGCAUAUUUGGAUCCCGCAUUUCAAGGACAAAAGCUGCUGACAGGUGCCAGUUUUGGUUCAUCUGCUUCAGGAUUAGCAGACAGUACUUCUAUUCCUAUGAGUGUUUUGCCACUGGAGAAACAAAUUGAAAAUUUCAGGCGCUAUAAAGAACAGCUUGCAAGAUUAUUUGGGCAUGAAACUGCCAACAUGACCGUUUCUGAAGCAUUAUUUAGUUUAAACUCAGGAACUAAUGACUUUUGCAAUAACUAUUACUUAAAUCCUUUUACCAGGGGAAUUUAUACCGUCGAACAGCUCCAGGAUAUGCUUCUCGAGUCUCUAAGUGAAUUUAUAUGGAAUGUUUCCAGAGAGGGUGCUACUAAACUUGCCAUUUUUAGUGUUCCUCCUUUUGGUUGUUUGCCUUCCCAAAUUGCUCUCUACGACAUAACGGGGAAAAAUUGUGUCGAGGAGUUUAAUGAGGUUGCGAGAUCCUUCUGUGGAAUAUGA